AUGUCUUGUCUGAAAAUUAAUAACGAAGAGGGACAGACUGUUGGGGUAAUACCCAUAUAUUGCGGCGAAACAACACUUGCAAAGCUACGGGAAGAGAUUGAGUAUGACUUGGAAAUAAACAACUUUUUGUUUGUGCACGGUGGAUAUAAGUUUAAUACGUCUGAAGAAAUGUUUACAAACGUGGCUUCGGUCGCUCAUGAAAUGGUCAAUCAUUCCGCAGAAAAAAUUUUUUUUUGCGUAACCAUUUUCAAACGUUCAAAAUUAAGUGGUGAAUGUGCAAGUACGAAAGAUCCUGCAGAUCCGUCGAAAACAACCAUUGACGCUACAGGCAGUAUGGCUUCAAAUACAACACCAUUGACAGGAACCCCAAAGACAGAUCAAAAUAAUCGGCCGUGUUCUUCAACCUCAAAAGUGACAGGAAGUUUUCUACGAUCCCCAACAUCAUGGGAAAUAAGAGGUGUCAAAAUUUAUACGCAAGUUGAGAUUGAGAAAGCUAAAGGGAUGGAGAAAAAGAGAAGAGUGUUUUGGAACAAGGAAGCCAAGCGAAUUUGUCGACAAACAAAGAAGUCUAAGAACGAAGUAGCGAAGGAAGUUAAUAUUGCCUGGAGAAAACACCAGGGUACGCUGCUUUUGGAAGAAGAGAGUCUCUUACAAAAAAUGCAAAAAGAUGCUAGCGAAGCCGAAGGUCAUGAAUGUCAAAGUCAAAUUAAAUGUAAGCCGGGCACUAUUCAAAAAAACUUUGACAGGAUACAACAGCAUAAGAACACAUUAGACCAAGUAAUAAAUGAAAUAGAAAACACUAAAUGCGGUUCUGCUAUUGGUAAAAAAAGAAAGCUUGACGAACUUAGUGACAAAAAGAGUUACCUUCUUGCCGAAAUGAAGAAAGCACAAGAUGCAAUGCGAAAAAACUUAAGAAAGAGCGUUAACUUUGUAAAGGAUCUAUCGAACGACAUGUAA